AUGAGAACAGACUACUAUGAGCUGUUGGGGGUCACUGCCUCGGCAGGAGACUCCGAGCUGAGGAAGGCCUAUAGGAAGAUGGCAUUAGUGUAUCAUCCGGACAAGAACCCAGACAAUGUUGAAGAGGCUACGCUGAAGUUUGCGCAGAUUCGUUCAGCCUAUGAGGUGCUGUCUGAUCCACAGGAGAGAGCGUGGUACGACUCACACAAAUCUCAGAUUCUGCGUGAGGACUCAGAUAAGUAUGGCGAUGAUGGGUUUGAUGAUGUUGAGCCGGACAUCGCUGGCACCACGGUUGAAGACAUUUUGAAGUUCUUCGACCCAUCUCUGUACACGAGGAAAGAUAACUCCGCAUAUGGAAUGUAUGCCAUGGUGACACAACUCUUCAAUAAGCUGGCAGAGGAGGAAAUUCUUGCUGGGAGACAACAGGGGCUGGAAGGCUACGCACAGUUCCAAGACGAUGAUCAUAGUGACACUACAAACAACAAGUACCCGAAAUUCGGUAACCUUGACUCGGAUUAUGGGUCCCAAGUGCGUAAGUUCUAUCAAGUCUGGGGGUCCUUCACAUCCGUGAAGACGUUUUCUUGGAAAGAUGAGUACCGGUACUCGACUGCCGGUGAUCGUCGUACCAGACGUGCAAUGGAGAAGGAGAACAAAAAGGCACGAGACAGUGCCAGAAGGGAGUUCAACGAGACCGUGAGAAGCUUUGUAUCGUUCAUAAAGAAGAGAGAUCCAAGGGUCAAAGAGGGUGCUGCUAAAUUGGAGGAAGAGCGUAGGAUGAAACAGAAGGAAGACAUGAGAAAGCAAUUGGAGAGAGAUAGAUUGGCUAAUGAAGCCAUCAUGAACCAAUUUCAAGAGCAAAGUUGGCAACAGUUGGAUGAAGAACAAUUGGCAGAUCUCGAAGAACGGUUCGGGAAAGUUGAAGAUGAAGAGCAUAAUGAUGACGAGAUCGAAGUGUUUGAGUGUGUUAUCUGCGAUAAAUUCUUCAAGACAGAGAAGCAGUUCAAGAGCCAUGAAAGUAGUCAAAAGCAUAAGAAGCUUCUCAAGAAAUUAAAAUGGGAGAUGCGUAAAGAGGGAAUAUCACUUGGGAUUGACCCAGUCUCUGAUGAGAGUGAGUUUGAGACUGCUGAUGAA